UCAUUGAAUUCACUAACAAUAAGCUGUUCUACUUUCAGCUAGUUCUCCUGAAGAGCGGCUCCCAGGCUCAUGUGAUUUGACAUCACUGAUCGUUUGCACUUACAGCAAAUCUCCUGCCCCUCACUCACCUGGUCCUUUUCAAUCAGCAUGAACAAUUCUGGUGGUCCUGAGGAGCGGCCACAUUGGGCAACCAAGCGUCAACGACUGGACGCCGAAGGAAUCCUUUUUGGCCAGAACGCUUCGCAGCUACCUUAUUCGGAUCCAAAUCCAAUUGACGACAGUCUUUUCUUACCUGAAUCCGGGAGACGAGAUAUGCUACCGCGUAGACAACUCACCAGAUAUCAGCCUGUCACUCGAUCUUCAGGCUCUCUAUCAACACCGGUCUCCUCUCCUUCGGAUCGUCGGAAUGACACCAAUGUGCGGGUCAAAGCAGAGGAGGAAGUGAGAGUGCGGGAACAUAUCAAGGCAACACCACAAGAAGAACAAGUCAAGAUAUACGUUGGUCCUUCCAACAGAGUCUACACCGUGAGCAUCGGAGAUCUUCAGAAGUCGCCAUUCCUCAAGGCCAUGCUCAGUCAAGACUCUACUGACGGCCCGUACAUCAUGCACCCGGCGCUCACGGAGAUAACUCCCGACCACUUCUUAGCCGUGCAGCAUUUCUUGAUUAUGGACGAGUACCUUCCAGCAAUUGUCAGCAAUCCGAAGGGCGGCGACAUUCUGCCUAAACAACUCGAUGGUCUGAACUCGGUUGAGGAAUAUAGAUCUGAAGCAGUCAGAGCAGGUCAUCUUUACAUCAUUGCAAAGCGUCUUGGAAUGAUGAGCAUGCAAGACUUGGUGUUCCAGAAGAUCACACAAGCGCAAUACCAGCAGUAUGGAAUCAAAUGUCUGCUCAAACUUGCCAAAGUGGUGUUCUCCAGACCCGAAGACAACGAACUACUCGGCAAAGUGAAGGCUGAGUCACCUCGAUGUGAUCACCCUAGCGAAGAAAAGGAGGACCCGCUGGAGAGGUGGCUGGUGGAGUCGCUGAAGCGCCGAUAUCCUUCUGUGAUGCUUCGACAUGCACAGCUAUUCUUUGAGGUUGCUAAUCAUGGUGCGUGUGCGCGACGGAGCUUUGAGCUACGAAUCUUGAAGCGCAGAGUGGAAGAAUUGGAGGCUUCGGGAGGCGCGAUUAUCAUCGAGGAUGACGACUGAGAUUUUGGACGUUCUGAGGGGAAUGACUCAAAAGUGACUGGCAGCCUUCCUGCCAAUGUAUAAGUCUGAUCUGGACGUGCAUACAACGCUCAUCUAGUAGUGCCAUCUCAAGCACAAGAUUUGGUCACAGAUGGCCGAUUGGUGGUCCCUGACUAUCAGGCCCAGAUCUAUGGAUAUGUACCUUGACAAAUACACCAU